AUGGACUUGCCUAAUCAUCAGAACUUGAAUGGCGAUGGCAUAGAUGAAAACUAUAAUAGAAAAACCUCACAAUUCAGACCCCUUCAAAAGUUUGAGUAUCAGAACAGCCAAAGCCUUCCAGAAUUGUUUGGAAGCGGAAAUCGAGAUAUGAACUCCAACGCCAGAUAUAUGAGACAGCAAUAUGGACACAAUGAAAAUGUACAAUACGUUAAUGGGGUCAAUAAAGUAUACCCCAUGAACCCUAUUAUUCCUCCAAAAUUAGGUGGAGGUCCUUAUAUGGUUAGGCCAUAUGAACGUAUUGAAGGGACACAGUUGGUGAAGCCUCAUAUCUUCCAAACUGGCGAAAGUUAUCAAGGAAAUCAAGAGUAUAUUUUCCAGCCAUCUACAAGUUCAUCUUACAGUUCAGCUACUCUUGUAAAUGAAGACACGAAUAUGCCAAAUAACCAUGUAAUAUUAGAAAAUCAUCCAAUUGGGCUGGAGUAUAAACUACCCAGCAACUACAUUAAUCAUAGUAUACCAUUAAUGCAUCCUCAACAAAGAAUGCCUGUUACACCACAUUUGCCGCUCAAGAGCACCAUACAGCCAGGUUCGGAAGAUAGUAAAUUCGAUACACCCAAAAAUAGCAAAAAAAAAAUAUCCAGAAAGAGAUUAACUGAUGUUCAGAAGCUAGCUCAUAAUAAAAUUGAAAAGAAAUACCGUAUUAACAUAAAUUCAAAGAUAGCUCAAUUACAGAAAAUGAUACCGUGGGUUUCUGAUGGUGAAACUGCGUUUGAAGUCAACUCUUCGCUUAAAACGGAACAGAGUGAUGGAGACAGUACGUCAAACAGUAGUAAAACUAAAUUCAACAAAAGUAUAAUUCUGCAGAAGGCUAUCGACUAUAUUGUAUAUCUGCGAAAUAAUGAGCAUCUUUACCAAACUGAAAUAGAUAGAUUGCGACAAGAAGUUGAAACGCUUCGAAAUAAUCAAAAGAGCUGA